AUGGCACCCUUCCAAAACGCAACUGUGGCAGAAGAUGAAUGUAUCAUAUGCCUGCUGCCUCUGUCCCAGGCUUGUCCACGCGGACAGAAUAACAACUGUGGACCAUGCUCGACUGCUGUUAAUCUGAGUGCAGCCGUCCAGCCAUGCAACCACAAGGAAUACCACUACUGUUGCAUAAAACAGUGGAUCGAUGCAAGCGGCCGCCAGAAGCCCGCAAAAUGUCCUUUCUGCAACACACAGGUUGAGUCUCUUCAUUACAAUUUCGCAGAAGAUCACGAUACCUACACCCGUAAACAGAGACCUGUCUUCCUUCGUCAAUCAGGUGUGAAUUCUGUUUUUUCAGGACAAAUGGUCCAAGCUGUCAACAAUGGACCGCAGAAUCCUCAGGAUCAGAACGCCAGGGCCGAGAGUCAGCAGGUAAAUGGAGGACAGAAUCCUCUGCAACCCAUGCACGCCAUUCAGCUUCAGGAAACACCUGCGGACAUCGAGAAGAACAUCGAGAAGAACAUCGAGAAGGACAUCGAGAAGAACAUCGAGAAGGACAUCGAGAAGGACAUCGAGAAGGACAUUGAGAAAGACAUCGAGAAGGACAUUGAGAAAGACAUUCGUUAA